UGUCAAAGUUGUCAUUUUUAUCAGCCAGAAUAAGUCCGUGGCUCUCAGGCUUCCAGAAAGUUGUGCCCGUCCAUGCUCUGGGACCAAAUAUAAACUGCAAGUUUCUUGGCUGACAUACAGAUUUUCGUGGGGAGGAGCAUUAGCAUUCAGUUCAAAACAGCCUGAAGGACAAACGGACAGUGGUGGAGAAAGAGACUAAUCCAAGAGACAUACGGACAAAGAGUAUACGAAGGCCCAAGAAUAAGAUUGGAUAGAGGUUGGUGUUGACUUGGUCUAAAACAAAUUUGAAACUUAAUUGAGGAAAAUGGCUCUGGUUUCCACAACAGCUCUGGUUCGCAGGGCCUUUGCUUCAGCUGCCGCAGGGGGCCACGGGGGCCAUGAGGGUUCAGUGAAGACCUGGAAGACUCUGUCCUUUGUGGUGGCGCUGCCUGGAGUGGCUGUCUGCAUGGUGAACGCCUGGAUGAAGAUGCAGCACGGCAGUCACGCUUCAACCGCUGAGUUCGUCCCCUACCCACACCUCCGCAUCCGCACCAAGCCCUUCCCAUGGGGAGACGGCAAUCACAGUCUUUUCCACAACCCCCACACGAAUGCCCUGCCCACUGGCUAUGAGGAAUCCCAUCACUGAGCUCACUGAGCCACUUGUCAGGGCUGUCAUGAACUAUGUAUAGUAGCUACUGCAUAGUAGACUGUGACCUGACUUGACCUACUGACUGCUCAAUGUUGGUUUGUUUCAUCUGAUAUAUAAAGUUGAGUUUUACAGGAA